GGCGGCGCGAGCGUCGGGACGCAAGCGGGGCGUCGCGACGCCUAUAAAAGAUCUUCCCGUUCAAACUGUUUCCCUCACAGUUACAACCCCACAUUACAACCGACUUCACAGCCUAGUUCACAUCGCCGGCCGACGACACCAACAGGUGAUUUGCGAGGAAGAUGGUUCCCAACAAUGGAAUCUCCCUCUUGAUGCUUCUCGUUGCGGGAAUGAUUUUGUUUCAAGCGACUACGACUUAUGCAGCCCCUCAUUCACCCAGGUAUUACCCUGGAUACUAUUCGCCGAUAUCAAUGGAAGGACAAAAUCCCGAAUAUCUCCUCCAGACAAUUGCCAGAUUGAGGCAAGCAUUGAUUUCGGAUGAUGAUUUAGAAAAUUCCAAACGCGGCUUAGACCUAGGUCUUGGUCGUGGCUUCUCUGGUUCUCAAGCCGCCAAACAUCUGAUGGGUCUGGCAGCAGCCAACUUCGCUGGAGGGCCAGGUCGAAGACGUCGAAGCGAAGAAGAAGCAUAAAAUGGACACAACAGAAUAAAUGUACUUCAAUUUCCAAACAGUUCCUAAUGUUAAAUUUAACCUCUCUCUCUUUCUCUCUAUCAUUUCUGUCGUUGUGUCAAGUAGUUAAAACCCCUAAGUAGUUGUAAUAAUACAUUUAGAAAUAGUAAUCGUACACGAAAAAAUGUAAUAAAUUAACCCUUUUCCCACCCUCUCUGUAUAACAACAUUAUUUCUGAAAAUAAAGCACAGGACGCAGUAACAGCACCUUGGUUUUUAACUUGUAAUUUAUUGUUUGAUAGUUAAGAGAUGUAUUGUACAGCAAUUAUAUUUCAUUUAAAUAAAGUUUAAAACAUCA